UGGAAAGUGGAAACGAAUUCCAGGCUAGAUUCAGUCUUGUUGUUGUCAUCUAUAAAUUUACCUGGUGGGGAACUGAGAAGGAGAUCAGCACAAGAUGAGCUUGCUAUGAGGGACUAUCUGCAGGAAGGGGACCUCAUAAGCGCAGAGGUCCAGUCUAUAUUUUCUGAUGGGGCUGUAUCGCUGCACACCCGGAGUCUGAAAUAUGGGAAGCUUGGCCAGGGUGUGCUUGUUCAGGUCUCGCCCUCCCUGGUGAAACGCCAGAAGACUCACUUCCACGACUUGCCUUGUGGUGCAUCCGUGAUCCUUGGCAACAACGGUUUCAUCUGGAUCUACCCAACUCCAGAGCAGAAAGAUGAAGAGGCAGGGGGCUUCACCACCAACUUGGAGCCAGUUUCCUUGUCUGACCGGGAGAUCAUAUCACGGCUCCGAAACUGCAUUGUGGCUCUGGUUACUCAGAAAUUGAUGCUCUUUGACACCAGCAUCCUGUAUUGCUAUGAAGCAUCCCUUCCUCAUCAGAUCAAGGACAUUCUCAAACCAGAGGUGAUGGAGGAGAUCGUUCUGGAAACCCGACAGAGAUUGCUGGAUCUGGAGGGAUAGGGCCGAUGGCCAGAAGCAGUCAUUUGAAGUCCCAGCAUGGCAGCUUUUUAUUCUGAGUACUUUUUUUUUUUUCAGUGUUCUAGUCCCCAACAUUCAUUCCACACUUCAGAAACCACCCAAAUUCCUCAUUUUAACUCGUAGGAUACCUCCUGAGCCCUUUUUGUUCAAUAGUACUAAAUAGUACUUAAGUACAAUAGCCUUUUAGUGCAGCAGCCUGAAAAACUGCUAUCUGACCUUUAUGAAGAUGGAAAUGCAACUGGAACAUAUCUCAUAGCACUUGUUGCUGUGCCUGUUGCCCCUGAACUUUGUGCAGAAUGAUAGAGAGGAAGGGAUGUGUUUUGUGAUACUUCUCUCUCCUUAAAG